AUGGCCGAGGCUUCCACUGCUGGGCCGCGCGCUUCGUCGGUCCCCGCCAUCGUCACCACCACCGGCUCUGCCAGUUCGUCCUCGCACAUCACCAGGGAUCCAAGUAACCAGAGUGGUAAUAGCAAGCACCAGUCUGGUCCUGCGCGGACAUCACAAUCGUCUCCUAUCGGUCCUACAUCGCCGGAUGUCGCAUCGGGGUCGAGCAGUAAUCAACAGCAAGAUGCGCGAAGGAACCACCGAACCACGCAAAGUCUUAGUUACUCGAACCACCGGGCCAGCGGCUCUGUCACAAGAUAUUCCACGUCUUCUCCUACGGUUGUGGAUCCCAGUGCGGAAACCAGUGCGAUAGACCCGUUAUCUCAACAUAUCAUUCAGCGCACGAAUACCCAAAAAUCCAUUCCUUUGAAGCUACUAGGGAGAGCGCCUUACGAGGCGGAGGCCGGUGGCACGGACAACUACAAUGCAGACGAACAAGGCUUAAUCCGACGGGAUUCAGUGCCACACCAGAGACCUCCCGAGAAGAAGAAAAAAGGCGUUUCCUUCCUCAGUCGCAUAAUCCUGGGAAAGAAGAAGGACCGGCUCUCCGACGCUGAAGACGAUGUAUCUGAGUCCGAGAACGGCCGCAUGGACCCCGACGCCGCUGCACAACCUAUAGGUUUUAUUCCUCGAUUCCCGCGGCCGCCGAAAUAUCUCAGGGUUCGCGCGCACUACAAGAAGGAAAAGACAUUCAACCGGGUUUUCGUCGCGCAAGAACUGGAGGGCGCUGAUGGUAUAUUGAGCGCGGCGGAUAAGGAUGUAACCAAUUCGGUAGUCGGAUCCGAAAAAGGCUAUGAUACUGGGAAAGCGGUUUGGUCGCUUGUCUUCUCCAAAGAUGGGAAAUACCUUGCAGCUGCGGGGCAGGAUCGUAAGGUUCGCAUCUGGGCGGUUAUCGCUUCGCCCAGUGACAGAAACGAGGUCGAGAGCGAUGAGGAACAGGACAACGACGAGCUUCCGAAGUUGAAAGCACCAGUUUUCCGGGCAAAACCUAUUCAAGUGUUCGAGGGACAUACUGGCAGUAUCCUAGACCUGAGCUGGAGCAAGAACAAUUUCCUACUUUCUUCGUCUAUGGACAAAACGGUCCGCCUGUGGCACGUAACUAGAUCCGAAUGUCUAUGUUGUUUCCAGCAUAGCGAUUUUGUCACGUCGAUCCAGUUCCAUCCACGCGAUGACCGUUUCUUCCUGGCCGGAUCUCUCGACACCAAGCUCCGGCUCUGGAGUAUCCCGGAUAAAAGCGUGGCAUUUGUGGUGUCGGUGCCAGCAAUGAUUACAUCGGUCGCUUUUACUCCGGAUGGUAUGUACGCAAUAGCCGGAUGCCUUAACGGACUGUGCAUCAUUUACCAGACGGACGGCCUCAAGCCAAUAGACCAGAUGCAUGUACGGUCUGCGCGCGGUCGCAAUGCGAAAGGUAGUAAGAUUACGGGAAUUGACGCCUUUGCUCUUCUCGACGACCCAAAUGCGGAUGUCAAGCUCUUGAUCACUAGCAAUGAUUCCCGAAUCAGACUCUACAACUUCAAGGAUCGAUCCUUAGAGGCUAAGUUCCGUGGCAACGAGAACACCUGCAGUCAAAUUCGCGCAUCGUUCAGCCACGAUGGGAAGCAUAUUAUCUGUGGGAGCGAGGAUCGUCGAACGUAUAUCUGGCCUACCAAUACCACCGAGAAAGACAUGGAUAAACGUGCGGUCGAGGUAUUUGAAACACACUCGUCUAUGGUGACAGCAGCCGUAAUGGCUCCUGCGAAGACUAAACAGAUCCUGGGUUUCUCAGAAGAUCCGGUCUAUGACAUUUGCAACCCGCCGCCAGUGACGCUGGUAGGCAAAGAUGAGUCCACGCUCAAGGACAACGAUUCCGGGAACCGGAACUCUGGAGCUAGCAAGCAGGCGCAAGAGUCGCCUACUUAUAUCUCCCGCUCCACACACCCCGACGGUAACAUCAUUAUUGUAGCCGACUAUUCAGGGAGAAUCAAAGUCCUGCGACAGGACUGCGCGUAUCAAAAGCGACGAUACGCCAAUUGGGAUGCCCACUCCACUAUCUCCAGAAGACUACUUCGACGGUCCAAUUCGACGCGCCACAGCCUCGCGUCUUCCAUCGGAAAAGACUCUCAUAAAACGCCCUCCGAGCGGAUUCUCUCCUGGCGCAAUUCUGUCAUCCGACAUAAUGCAGGCCAUGCCAACGGUACGAGGACCAGGAGUCCUUCAGGCAAAUCCAUCCCCAAUGCUUCACGCUACUCCAGUCCAGGAGGCGGCUCGUCAAGACCCCGUGCAGACUCUCGUUCCUUCACCAUGUCUCCAUCACCCUCAGCAUACAAAAAUUCUCUCGACAGCCCACGCUCAAGCGCCGACACAUCGCGGCAAAACACCACACCCCGAAAACGUGAACCCGCCCCUAAAUCACCCUUACCCCUGUCCUCCACUGCAAUCGUCGCGAGCGGCCAAGACCACGAUAAUCCAUUAUGGAUCCAAGGCGAGCAAAGCAACGCUUACUGGAACAAGAUCACACAUGACGCCUUUGCAGCGCAGAACCGCCAGUCUCGCCUCCUUGCCCCGGAUCGACUAUCUGUUCCAGAUGCAGAUCGAAAAUUGAGCAUCGGGAGCGAAUUUCUGAGCAGUGAUUAUGCCUCGUCGAAUGGGGAGGGUGAAGAUGGGGAUGGUGAUGUUCUGAAGUGCGAUGAUUGCCAGGGGACAAAUUUUCGGGCGAGUAGGGGGAGGAACGGGAAGCAAAGGCUGGUUUGUGUGAGGUGUUUGAGGCCAGUGAAUUAG